UCGUGGGCGUAGUGGCUACUUGUAAUGGCGGCCGUGCCGGAGAUGCGCCGAGCUGUGUAAAAAUGAAGCGGAGAAGAAGUUAUAUAUCUUAAAGCAAAAACGCCGAGGCUCCUCCCGAGGAGGACUUUGCGUGUACAAACGUCGCCUUUGAACGUGGUCAACUUAGCCGUGCUUUUCGAACGCCUGUGCACCCCUUCCGCGAUGAUGAAGCUCAAGUCAAACCAGACCCGGACGUACGACGGGGACGGCUACAAGAAGCGCGCCGCCUGCCUGUGCUUCAGGAGCGAAUCGGAGGAAGAGGUGCUGCUGGUAAGCAGCAGUCGGCAUCCCGAUAAAUGGAUCGUUCCCGGUGGGGGCAUGGAACCCGAGGAGGAGCCCAGCGUUGCUGCUACUCGGGAAGUGUGUGAGGAGGCGGGCGUGAAGGGGACGUUGGGUCGUUUAGUCGGCGUGUUCGAGAACCAGGAAAGGAAACACAGAACCUUUGUUUACGUUCUCAUCGUGACGGAGGUUCUGGAGGACUGGGAGGACUCGGUCAACAUUGGGAGGAAAAGGGAAUGGUUUAAAAUAGACGAUGCCAUACAGUUGUUGCGGUGUCACAAGCCCGUGCAGGCCACGUACUUCGAGGCUCUCCAGGAGAGCUGCCUGACCAGCAACGGGACCCCGUUGGCGGCCACCAUUGCCCCCACCUACAGCAUCAACCAGAGCUCCGUCUCAGAUAUCAGAUAACUAAAACCCCAAACUGAACACCACCCCAAGCACCCGCCACGCGACGCCACGCGCCCCCCUCCGCACCCUCCACGUCAGGAGCUUUUGGCCACCACUUGCGCUCUUACUUCUUCUUCUUCUUUGACUCUGUCUGCUUUGCCUAGCCAACUCCUCGGCGACGCCGUGGUGGCGCAGACUGGAUGACGAGUGUCGACGGAAACACCUUGUGCAUUUUUCACCUCCUUUUGGUUUUGUUUUCUUUUUACUGAACCCCCUUGCAUGAAAACAAAAGACCCCCCCCCCCCCCCCUGCGAUGCACCCGCAGUGUGUUAAGUGAAUGGGGGGAAAACUACUUUUUACCGUUGUCACGUAAAAGUGUGUAUCUCUCUCUCGUGCUUGAACCAGAAAGGCUUUCGACGGUCCUUUUUUAACUAGGUGCCCCUCCUUUUUGUUUUUCAGACUUUUCCCUGUGCUCCCUUGUUUCUUUGGAUUUUAGGUCCUUUGUUGUAUUGUUUUGUUUUCGGGCCUCCUUUUAUUAUGCUCGUCAAAGCAUAGUUCGAUCCUCUCCGGAACUCGUCUAACUGUCACACGGUGCACGUUCACUCCAAAAAGGUAGUGGAAAGAAUGUCAACAUUACUUCACCUGGAGCAUCUUUUUUUUUUUUUUUUUUAAACGUACCCCCUCCUGUGAUCGCGUGAAAUGUUUUCUGCCGCACGCCAAGGGUCAAAGUACAACCAUUUCAAAAAGCAUGCAGCGCAUAUCCUGUUUUCCCUCCUCACGUUCAGUUUGCUUCAGUUGUUUACAUUACAGGUGUCUUGAGUGGGCACCUUUCCUUUUUCUCUCAAUGACCUUUCCUCCAAACGCCAACCCAGGAGGCAAAAAUCAGUACCGCUCCCGACGUGUUUUUUUUUUUUUCCCAAUAUAACAACUGUAUUAGCUCGCUUGCGUCUUUGUGUGUUAAUUUAUACUUGGACACGCAACGCACACCGAAAGUCGCAGAGAGUCCAUUUGGGUGUGCUACAGAAAAUCGGGGCGGGUUUAUGUAUUUAAUCUGCACCCCACCCAAUUUGACAGUGAGAGAAUCAGCAAUGCUGCGUUUGGCAGCAUGCGGCGCAAACAAGCCUUGUACAGUGAGACUUUUGUUUUUAAAAUGUAAACUGCUUUUCGUUUUUGGAUACGAGCUUGUUUCCGUUUGUUUCUCUCUAAACGUCUGGCAAGAGUCUCUUUAGCCGCGUCCCGAAAGCCACCGGCUCCAUACUGUGAAACUGGAGGCGCUGUUGUAGAUGAGCACGGAAGACGUUUUUACUGUAAAUUGUUUAUUUCUGUAUAGAUCAACGGCGAGCAUAAAAAAAAAAGAAAGAAAAAAAGGUGUCAUUUCAAAUGGGAAUUGAUGAAUUGCCAGUCAGCCGUCCGCGUGACGUUGAACGAACGAUGAGGCUGGGAUCAUUCUGAACGGGCUAAAUGGUAGAAAAUGGAUGACUAGAUCACUAGAACAUGACAACCCCAAAAUCCGCUAUGGUUUCACAUGAAAGGGUUUCCGUCAGUGGUCCCCCACCCUGGGUUUUGGCGGUCUUUUCGUCCAAAUCGUAAUUCGGAUUCAUGUUGAUUCUUAGCUGCUUAUCGUCUUCCCAAGCAGGUUUUGUGGUGACCGGAUGGCCACCACCGUUUGGCUCUUUGCGUGCAAGUUGUCGACACGGAAUGUUGAAGCCGACCUGCACAUGUAUGAAGAGCAUGACGAUAGUGACGUUAAAGGGUGUGGAAGUUGAGCCACUGAGUUGGGUUUUUUUUGGGGUUUCUGGAAGUGGAGAGCGUAAAGGCUGUGUGACGGGUGCUGAUAGGGACAGAGGAAGUUGACCUGUAAGAUUUUUUUUCGCUUCCAGGGUAGUUACAGAUGGAAGAAAGAUGCGUCGCUCUUCUGCCAAAGUUGGUGUCACUGUCAACUUGCUGGAUUUCAACCAUUUUCAAAUUUCGGAAAUAGUCUCGGAGGCACAACUGGGACCAGGGUGUGACAUGUUUCCAGGGCAGCCCAUCAUGUGAAACCACACUGACAACUUGAAAGCUGUAGUUGGCUUCCGCAAUGAUAAUGACUGAAUUGAAUGGGCUUCCUCCACUUGUAAAAAGUGUCAAGAGGACUCUCGUUUAUUGCCGCCUAAUCGGUUAGGCGCGGUGGGCAAAGUCUUACGUUUACGACACCUUUCUCAGGCCUGUCCUGAGGUUUCAGCGCUUCAUCUGAAUGUGCAAUGUAGUCGCUGAGGGCAUCGACCUCAGGCACACCCUGCUGGGAAGAACGAGUGAAUGACAGGUGUCACGAGGCUACUGGAUGAUUCAUAUCCACUGAUUUGUAAAUCAGUCAUGUUGACAUGCUCAUAUUUUGUACAUUGCUAACACAACACUUAAUCACAAAAGGAUUUGUCAGCUUUUUUUUUCCUUUAAAUUAACAAGGAGGCACCAAAUGGUCUUUACCCAAGUACGACGUCAAAUGUAUUCUUACUUUAUUUCGGAAGGUGUCAGAUUUACCAAAGGUCUUAGUACAGUUGUGUAGGAAUUGGCUCAACCUUGUGGCCAAAUUGGUUCAACUAAACUCGAUCAAGUUUAGUACCUGUUUGCCUGCUGAUUCAUAUCAUAGCUAGAAACUGACUCCAACAUCCUUGCAAAUAUGACAACACAGGCACUUCCUUCCUUUCAGCCGACAACCAUCAGCCUAGAAGUUACAUCCCCGCCGUGCUUUUGUGUUCAAGUGUCACUGGACUUUUUUCCCCCCCUUUUGUUUGGGACUGUAGAAUAAAAACAGUGCAAGAAGACUGAAGAUUGUAAUAUAAAUGUGCCAACAAUAAAACACCAGUAUUUCACGUUAA